CUGAUUUAUGUCAAGUGUAUGGUUAAAUAAAUCGUAGUAUAACUUUGUUUCUGUGCCGUCAACCAACCGCAACCAACAGUGUGCACUGUUAAUUCAAAGAUGCAGAUUGUUACAGAAAUUUUAAGAGAGUGACGGGGGUGUUAUUGUUUUUGUGAAGAAUUGGAAAGUGGGCGUGUUUCACUUUUUAUGUUCAAAGAGAGUUGAAGUGUGUAAGAGUGUAGAAGAGGAAAAAAUAAGUUGUGUCACAUGCUCAAAAUAUGAGUGAACAGAAACAGGUGGAUCAGUCUGUGCCACUAGUGAACACAUUUUCAGUUAUUUGCAGAUCACUUAGCUGCAUAAUACUGUACUUGAUCCUUUCAAUUGGCAUAGUCUUUUACCAGCGAUGGAUUCUUAUGGAUCUACAGUUUCCCCUGUCGAUGGUGUUGUGCCACUUGACAGUAAAAUUUAUUUUGGCAGGACUCUGCCGCAAUAUUUGGGAAUGCUGCACAUCCAAGGAGAGGAUAGUAUUACAAUGGGGAUCUUACAUAAAAAACAUUGGAUUAACAGGUAUUGCCGGAGGAAUUGAUAUAGGAUUAUCCAACUGGGGUCUUCAUCUUAUUACUGUUUCCUUAUACACAAUGACGAAAUCUACAGCCAUUAUCUUCAUACUAAUUUUCACUCUUAUCUUCAGAUUAGAAAAAAAGUCCUGGUCAUUGAUAUUUGUGGUAUUGAUGAUAUCAGUUGGAUUGUUUUUGACUACCUACAAAGCUACUGAAUUCAAUCUCGAAGGAUUUCUUCUGAUACUUGGUGCCUCAUUUGCAAGCGGCCUACGGUGGACACUUGCGCAGCUUAUGAUGCAAAAAUCAAAGCUUGGCUUAUCAAAUCCUCUGGACAUGCUUUAUCAUAUGCAGCCAUGGAUGAUGUGGCCGCUGUUACCUCUAGCAAUUGCGUUUGAAGCUACGCCUUUGAUCACAAGCUGCCGGGUUUUCAGGUAUGCUGAGUUUCACGUAAUACUUGAAACAAUUGGAAAAGUCUUGCUGGGGUCUGUUGUUGCUUUUGCAAUGGAAGUUGCAGAGUUUUUGGUGGUGAGCUACACAUCUAGUCUGACACUGUCUGUCGCUGGUGUAUGUAAGGAUAUUUUUACAUUGAUAUUGGCGGUCGAAUGGGCUGGCGAUCCAAUGAAUUUAAUGAAACUUUUUGGACUCGUAUUGUGUUUAAGUGGUAUUUCUUGUCAUUCGUAUCAAAAAGCCAUUGAUAUGCGCCGUAACCAGAAAAAUAUAACAGCAGAAGUGACAGAGGAUCAAUGUGAUGUAAACAUUCCAUUAUUAACAAAAGCAUCACUCUCUGAAGCUUUAAUUCCAGAAUGGGAUAAUGAUGAGAGUGAUGAUUCUGCAGUACUAUUUAAUAUGUUACAUGAAGCUGGGGAGAGAUAGUAUGCGUGGUGGUGAGUGGUAUGAUUGCAUAGCGGAUUCUGAAAAUGCAACAUGGGGACUUUUGCUCCCUCCUGGAGUGCACUGUUUGACUGAUGUUCGACCAUAUAAUUUUGUUGCUCUGUUCAAAUAUUAUAUGAAUUGCUGUAUAUGUAUUUUGUAAUAAAGAAAACUUUUUUCUAUUUAUUAAAGAAUUUUU